UAGCUGCGUUCCUCCUCCCCCUUCCUCAUUUUCUUCUCUACUCUUGUAGCCUCUUCUCCUGCAUUUCCCCGGAUCUCACCCCUCUCUCCUGCUCUGUCCUCUGCCCAGGGUCUCUGGAGAUUCCUGUCCCUUUCCUGGACCUCAGCUACUCCCUGUACGAUUAUCCACCCAGCAGGAUGUCACAGCUGAGCCUGUCCUGGCUGGGGCCUGAGUUGACUUCGCCUUGGCAGCUUCUGCUGGUGGUUGGAGUCUCCUGGAUCCUGGUCCGAAUUGUGACCCAGAUCCAUGCUGCCUGUGGGAACUAUCGUCGCCUCCGUGGCUUCCCUCAGCCCCCCAGACGGAACUGGCUUAUGGGUCAUGUGGGCAUGGUGCCUCCUACAGAGCAGGGCAUGAAGGAAUUGAGUCAGUUGGUGGAUACCUACCCGCAAGGCUUUAUGAUGUGGAUGGGCCCAGUGACUCCCAUAAUCAUUCUGUGCCACUCUGACAUCGUCCGAUCUAUCCUCAAUGCCUCAGCUGCCAUUGCAGUCAAGGAUGUGAUCUUCUACAGCAUCCUAAAGCCGUGGCUGGGGGAUGGGCUCUUGGUGAGUGCCGGUGACAAGUGGAGCCGCCACCGUCGCAUGCUGACACCCGCCUUCCACUUCAACAUCCUGAAACCCUAUGUGAAGAUUUUCAAUGACAGCACCAACAUCAUGCACGCCAAGUGGCGGCGCUUGAUCUCAGAAGGCAGCAGCUGUCUGGAUACGUUUGAACAUGUCAGCCUCAUGACUUUGGACAGUCUUCAGAAAUGUGUCUUCAGCUUUGACAGCAACUGUCAGGAGAAGCCCAGUGAAUAUAUCGCUGCCAUCUUGGAGCUCAGUGCCCUAGUGGCCAGCAGGCACCAGAAUCCUCUGCUACACAUGGACCUGCUGUACAACCUCACCCCUGUGGGGAUGCGCUUCCGUAAGGCCUGCAGACUGGUGCAUGAGUUUACGGAUGCUGUCAUCCAGGAGCGGCGCUGCACCCUCCCAGACCAGGGUUUGGAUGAUUUCCUUAAGUCCAAAGCCAAGUCCAAGACGUUGGAUUUCAUUGACGUGCUGCUGCUGACCAAGGAUGAAGAUGGAAAGAAGCUGUCAGAUGAGGACAUCAGAGCGGAGGCUGACACCUUCAUGUUUGAAGGCCAUGACACCACAGCCAGUGGGCUCUCCUGGAUCCUGUACAACCUGGCAAAGCACCCAGAAUACCAGGAGCGCUGCCGGCAGGAAGUGCAGGAGCUCCUGAGGGACCGAGAGCCUGAGGAGAUUGAAUGGGAUGACCUGGCCCAGCUGCCCUUCCUGACCAUGUGCAUCAAGGAGAGCAUGCGGCUGCAUCCUCCAGUCACGGUCAUCUCCCGACGCUGCACCCAGGACGUUGUGCUGCCAGGUGGCCGGACCAUCCCCAAAGGUGUCAUCUGCCUCAUCAGCAUCUUUGGAAUUCAUCACAACCCAUCCGUGUGGCCGGACCCUGAGGUCUAUAACCCCUUCCGCUUUGACCCUGAGAACAUCAAGGACAGGUCACCUUUGGCAUUUAUUCCCUUCUCAGCAGGGCCCAGGAAUUGCAUAGGACAGACUUUCGCCAUGACAGAGAUGAAGGUGGUGCUGGCGCUGACGCUGCUGCGCUUCCGCAUCCUGCCUGAUGACAAGGAGCCGCGCCGGAAGCCAGAGCUGAUCCUGCGUGCGGAGGGGGGGCUGUGGCUGCGGGUGGAGCCGCUAGGAAGGGGGGAACAGUGACUCCGAACCUGGCCGAGGGGAUCUCCUCACCCACCUACCUCUGCGAAUCCCAGAAUAAACUGAGCUGUCACCCCUAUUCGAACCUUAGAGAGCGCCAAGCAGGGGACACUGUGGAUGCAGAGCGUGGGUGAGGGAGGCCGGCUGGUGUCUGAGCAAAAUACCCUUGACUUCCUCUAACUCACCGUAGUGAAGGGGCAUUCUCCUGCAGCCAAGCCGGACUACUCUCUGGCUAAUAGGACGCCAAAGUGGGAUGUCUGACCAAGAGAAGGACCAGGAUGAAGGACAAGUUUGAGCUCUGGUUCUCUCAUCAAAUGCCUUAUUUCAGUUCCAUCUCCACCACUUAGACCUCCAUUCUGAUCUGUAAUAACACCUAACAGACCUCUCUUCUCUCAUCUCGCCAUUAUUCUGCUGUGGGCACUAAGUUACUGUGCUUAUUAAACCUUGAGCCUGGCGUCUUUUUAAUUGUGUUUUUUAAAG